CAAUGUGUCAUGCCAACAUGAAAGGAUGGCUUUUAUCAUCACUGUCUAACGCCAGAAGUCAUUGACCGACUUUUCGGCUCAGAGUGAGACAGGGUUGUUUAAAGAUAUGAUACAUUAAUCAGUCAGUUUUAUUUUAACUGUAGUAUCACCAUGCAGCACGCUCCCAGAACGCUUUACAAUUAAAAUGAAUAAAUGAAACAAACCUAACAAUAAAACAACCACAUCAAAAACACUAAUAACAUACAAGAUAAAGUUAUAUAACAGUAUGACAUAUUAAAUAUAUUACAGAAACCUUUUUACAACAAUCAGCACUUUUACUGUAAGUACUUUAAAAACUUAAAGUAAGGUUGCAAAUGCAGAACUUUCACAGGGUGGUAUUAGUACUUUUACUGCAGUAAAGGAUCUGAGUACUUCUUCCUCCACUGUCUGUAUGAAUGCAGUUACCUACUUGGCGUGUCUGUUGAUGCAUACAGUAACACGAUGACCUCUGACCUGAAAGCACGAUGAGAAUCUGAAACAUUCCUCUUCAGGCAGGUUAAAUCUGAGUCGGUGUCUCCUCUGACGCUCAGCAGGUGACAGAAGUGUUCAGGUAACAUUCCUGUCACAUUCCAGCCUGUCGAGUCUGAGAUGCGUCACACUGCAGGCGUGUCUGAUCCACCGCAGGAUAACUGACGGAGAGCGUGUCACCUGCUGUUUGGAUUCAGAUUUUAAUUUGGUUCAGAGACAGACUUUGACUGUAGCUUCAGACUGAGUCUGACUUCUGAUAGACGUCAAAAUUCAACCUAAAAAAACUAUUGAACAAAUGCUUCAAACCACUGAGCUCUGUUCAUUCCAGCAGAAAACUGAACCGAUGGUUAUCAUGGAAACACUGAUCAGCAUCGUGUGUGUGUCUGAUUGUUACAAUGGAAACACUAACACACAGUAAUCUCAACACAAAGUCCAUUUAGCAGCUACUCUAGAGCUGUCGAUCGUAUCACAUGAUCUUCCUCAGCUGAUGUCGUGCGCUUGGUUGUCGUAGAAUUGUGGAUGUUCAAAUUUCAAGUUUGAUAAAACAUAAAUUUGUACCUCUAUAAUCUAACACGUCAACUGAGCAUGCUCAGUCUGCUGGAGAAGAUCAUGUGACACAAUCAAAAGCUCCAACCACUAAAUAACUUUCCAAGGUCAGUAAAUAAACUUCCAGUUUCAACAUUAAUCAAACUGUUUUCACUCUUUAGUGUUUGAAUGAUAAUAAUCAAUCAUUUAUUUGUCACAUGGAGUCAUACAACGUACAACCUCAGUGAAGUGUGAUCCCAUCAGCUCCUCUAACUUCUCUUUUUACACCUUCUUACAUUGCCGGCUGCUGUUUCAUAGCUGUCCAUGGUUGUGGAAUGAUUUAACUGUUCACACAUCCCGACUUUAACCGAACAGCCACAUGGUUGCUCCUCCCAAACAUAGGCAGUGAACACUCUGCAGCCGCCUCUGAACAGUGUAGUGAUCCACAGCAGGAACAGGACAGCAGCUCACAUUCCCACUGUCACACCAGUCCUUAUUCACCAUAAAGCACACUCCUCCUCUCCUUCUCUCCCACAGUCAUCUGCUCUGUUAGAUCAGCAGAUAGAAAAAGAGCCACGUGGUUGAAUGGCGCUGUCCAGGAUUUAGCCAAGUUUCCAUGAAUCAAAGGAAGUUACAGUUUCUGAUAUGCUGUUGGAAACUGAUGCAGCACUGAUGCAGUCGUCCAGUUUGUUUCCAACACCUGUACAAUGUCCAGCAGGAUGCUAGUUUGAUUUGAUUUGAUUUGAUUUGAUUUGAUUUGAUUUGAUUUGAUUUGAUUUGAUUUCGCUUUAUUGGCAGAUGAAAUUCUGAAAUUUGUCUUGUGUCCCAGGAUGUUAAAUGUUUCACAUAAAUACACAUGAAUACGAAAAUACAAAACAACAUCUAACCAAACAACAAAAUCAUACAACAAAUGCUACAAAUCACAGCUGACGUUAUGAAAAGUGGCUGCAGUGCAACAUAUUACUCAUUCAGUACAUGCAGUGUUCAUCUGGUGUUCAUUCUUCUCCAUCUUUCCCCAAUGUUUACUGAGGUUAACAUUUCAAAACCUCGACCUGGCUGGCUAGCAGAAGUCGACAGAAGGAGAGUUCGCAGACUGAACACCACAGGGUCUAUAAGAGCCACCAGAAACCAGGUCUACGGCGCAGACGGAUCCAGCAGACACACAGCAUGGCUCAGAAGACGGCCCUGAUCGUGUACGCCCACCAGAGUCUGGGCUCCUUCAACUCGGCAGUACGUGAUGUGGUGACGGAGGAGCUGGCGGCGCAGGGCUACAAGGUGCUCGUGUCUGACCUGUAUGCCAUGAACUUCAGAGCUAACGCCACGCAGGACGACAUCAUCGGUGACCUGAAGAAUCCAGAGUUGUUCCAGUAUGGCGAGGAGACCAUGCACGCCUGGAUGGACGGCCGCCUCAGUGAUGACAUCGUAGCUGAGCAGCGCAAAGUGGAGGAGGCGGAGCUUGUCAUCUUCCAGUUUCCUCUGUACUGGUUCAGUGUGCCGGCCAUCAUGAAGGGCUGGAUGGACCGAGUGCUCACACAAGGCUUCGCUUUCUCCCUGGAGAAGAUGUACAACUACGGUGUGUUCAAGGAUAAGAAAGCGAUGUUGUCUUUCACCACUGGAGCGACACAGACGAUGUUCCAUCCUGACGGGAUCAAUGGAGACAUCAACAUUACACUGUGGCCUCUACAGAAUGGCACUCUGCACUUCUGUGGGUUUCAGGUUCUUGCUCCUCAGAUAUUCUGGAGUCCAGCUCACUGCCCCCCCGCCGUGCGAAAAAUGAUGCUGGAUGGGUGGCGAGCCCGACUUAAAGGACUGUUGGCAGAAAAGCCUUUGACCUUUGCCCCCUGCGAGCUCUUUGACCUCAGCUUCCAGGGGGGGUUCAAGCUGUGGCCCAAAGUGAAGGAGGAGCAAGAGUCACAGCCGUACGGCAUCACCACAGGACACCACUUGGGGAAACCGCUGCCGCCUGACAACCAGAUCACAGCUCCACCUGACAACCACAUCACAGCUCCGCCCAGUGAUCAAAGUAGCGCCAGUCCGGCCUGCAGGAAAUAGAACCUCUCUGUUCUCAUUUUUGAUACCAACGUAUGGAUUUUAUAAAGGCUGUGUGUUUACUGAAGCUGAAAUAAAACAAUUUCAAUAACAA